AGAUCUCCCUCCCAGCCCCCCGGGUCCUCACCCCAUUCAAAAAAUCAAAAUUCUUUCAUUCAAUAAUCUAAGAUGUCGUCUCCUACCUCUUCCUCUUCGACACACAAAGAAGAGAUCGCCGCUCUUACCACAGUCAAAAAAUUCCUCUCGGGAAUCAAAGCCCGUAAUCCAGCCCAAAUGCAUGCAUGUAUCCACCCCUCCGGCGGACACGCUUUGCUCAUUCGCCCCUCUCCAUCCCGCUCCUCACGCUCCUCACCAGUAGGGAAACAACAUCUCUCCCUCACGCUCGCCGAAGUCGUGAAUCGAAUUCCAUUCGAUAGUGCUGCGAGUUUGGAAGAAAAUAUCGCCCUGGCGGAAUGGGAGGAAGGCGAGGAUGGGGAAAGGUUUGAGGGGAGGAAGAGCGAGGCGAGGGUUGAUGGUGAUUUGGCAGCUGUGUGGACGCCGUAUGAGUUUUUGAGGGAUGGGGUGCUGAGUCAUGUUGGCACGAAUGUUUUCUCGUUGGUGAAAUUGUGUGGGGGAAAGAGGAAGGGGGAGUGGGUCAUUGGUUGGAUUUCGGAUACGUGGAGGGUACCGGAUGAGGAGGUGGUGUGAGCCUUUUUAAGUUGAGGGGGGAUUUGGAUGCGGAUGUUCUGGUUGUGUUGGUUGAGCAAGUAGAGAUGAUGAGAUUGGUGUGGAGUCUGGGGACUUACAUGCAGACAUUGAACCAUUUUCAUAUCAGUGGGGUCCGAAGUCUCUUUUACAGAGUUGAGUUAAAAACAGUGUCGUCACAAGCCUCGUUUUUCCAGGAAGCAGGGAUCAAUUUUAUCUUUUUGGUUAGAGACUUAGGCACCUGCCUUUAAAAAGAACAGUG